CGUGGUAUGACUAGCUCGAUCAACAAACUUUUUCUCGGAAACAGGGCUCGCCGCUCGGGCACUGACAUGACCGCGUCGCCUCAGUAAUCCGCAGGUGUUCUCAGUCACACAACACCUGGUUAAUGUGUUGUCACGUACGGGAGCACGUAGUGUUGUCACCGAGAGGAAGUUACGGCUGGUGAAUCUGAAGUGAAGGCCGUUAACAUUAACAGCGGACAUGUUUAAGCUCACAGAAAGUUACAAUCAUGGAGUGGACUCAACACCGCUCCUGGAGAAGACCAUUGGACUGGUCUUACAGGAAACAGCAGAGAAGAGCCCAGACAAGGAGGCAGUCGUGUUCUGUGCCGAGGGCAUCAGGAAAACAUUCUCACAACUGUUGAAGGAGACCGAUGCUCUAGCGACUGGACUACUGGCCCUUGGCUUCCAACCAGGUGACCGUCUGGCAGUCUGGUCGCCCAACCGGUAUGAGUGGGUGUUGACACAGUAUGCAACCGCCAAGGUCGGCAUAAUACUGGUGGCAGUCAGCCCUAUGUUUGGGCCAGAGGAACUCAAGUAUGCCCUGAACAAGGUCCAGCCUCAGGGCAUUGUGAUUGCUCCAACAUCUCCCAAGAAGGACUUCCACAAAGUUCUGAUGUCUGUGGUAAAGUCUGAAACAGGAUCCCCUGACAGUCUGAGUCAGCUGAAGAUCAUCAGUAUGGGAGAGGAAACAGAGGGUGAUGUUCUGAAGUUCUGGGAUGUUACCAAGAAAGGAGGAGAACAGGAAGUGGAGAGAUUGAAACAGCUACAACAAACCCUCCAGCCUGACCAGCCAAUACACAUUGCCUUCACCUCGGGUACUACUGGGCCUCCUAAAGCACCAGUCUUCUCACAUCGCCAUGUGAUCAACAACUGCUGCUUUACUGGCCGCAGACUCAACUAUCAUGAGGAGGACCAUCGCCUGUGUGUUCCCAUGCCCAUCUGGCGUGCACUGGGCAUGAUCGUGUGUAACCUGAACCCACUGGUGUUUGGUCACACUGCUGUCUACAGCGGUCCUGACUUCAACCCCAUAGCUGUGCUGGCAGCCAUUGACAAAGAGAGGUGCACAUCAGUGUAUGGUAAUUCUCCCAUGCUAAUGGCCUUAGUCAAGCAGCCAACUUUUGGAGACUACGACAUCAGCAGCUUGAGAACAGCAACGAUUGGCGGGCAGGGUAUAGGAGGUUCUGACCUGCCUCUGCCAAUGCUUCAGAUGUUUAGGCAGAAGCUGCAUCUCAUCAAUGUGACGGUUGCCAUGCCCAUGACAGAGUGUGGCCCAGUAGCUUUCCAAAGCGUCCUUGGAGACCCAGAUGAAAAGCUUACUUCAACUGUGGGCUGUCCCCAUCCUCAUGUGGAGGUGAAAGUUGUUGAUGAUGCUGGCUGUACAGUUCCUGUGAACACUCCUGGACAGUUCCUGACCCGUGGGUACUGCACCAUGCUGCAGUACUGGGGGGACCAGGGGAAGACAGACCAGGCUUUCACUGCAGAUGGCUGGUUUCAGACUGGGGACAUCAUAUCUAUGAAUGAGGAUGGGUAUGUUAAACUCCUCGGUCGGGAGUCAGAACGUAUCAAAGUUGGAGACACCUACAUCUUCCCUAAAGAAUUAGAGAACGUCUUAAGAUCCCACAAGCAAAUCACGGAUGGACAGAUAGUAGAGGUGUCUGUUUCUGGAGAAACCAAGCUGUGUGCCUGUGUUGUACUGGAAAGUGCAGCCUCACUGACUGAAACAGACAUCUUGGAUUUCUGUAAGGACAAGCUGCCUGCUGUGAAAGUGCCACAGUUUGUGUGCUUCUUUGACACUUUCCCCCUGACUCCUACCAAAAAGGUGAAGAAGUCAGAAGUCAAGCUGGAGGCUGAAAGGAGACUGAAUCUGAGAAGAUCACAUAGACGUAUGACGGGGCCAGUGGACACCACGGCAUUCCAACAGGCGGAGCCCGCCGAGAUGGAAGUCAGUAAUGGCCAUUUCGACGGAUUUCUCGACGAAAGAAACUCUUGCGCACAUAGCAGAGAAAAGCGAUGUGAAGAGACACAACAGCCAUGCCACCAACCAGGUCCAGACAACGACAACUGUACACUCGCUAUAGUCGGCAUCGGUUGCCGGAUGCCUGGCGGCACAAACACCCCGAAGUUUUGGGAAGUCAUCAGCGAAGGAAGAAACGUCAUCACCGAGGUUCCACCAGAAAGGUGGUCCCUUGAAGCCUACCACAGCACCGAUCCACACCAGUCAGGCACCCACGUCACACGCAAGGCUGGGUUUGUGGACGACAUCGACAUGUUCGACCACACCUUCUUCAAGAUCUCACCUCGUGAGGCCGCCAUGAUGGACCCCCAGCAGCGUCACCUGCUGGAAGUGACGUACGAGGCGUUUGAAGAUGCAGGUAUCACACCUGAGAGUGUGUCUGAGUCGUGUGGUGUGUUUGUGGGAAUAGGCAUGAUGGAUUAUGCUUUGUUCAUGGCAGGAGACAAGCACCUGUUCAACUCAUAUGUAAACACAGGAAUUGCGCAUAGCGUGGCCGCAAACAGAAUCUCCUAUGCCUUCAAUCUGAAGGGCCCAAGUCUUGCAGUAGAUACCGCGUGCGCAGCAUCAAUGACAGCCCUCCACAUAGCGUGUUCCUCACUGAGGAACAAAGAAUGCAGCGUCGCCCUCGUAGCGGGUAGCAAUGUCCUCCUCAUGCCGGAGGUAACGGUAGCGUUCAGCGCGAUGGGGGUUCUAUCACCUGACGGGUUCAGCUGUCCGUUUGACGCUUCUGCCAACGGCUACGUCCGCAGUGAAGGUUUUGGAGCCGUCCUGAUCAAGCCUCUCAGUAACGCCAUACGAGACAGAGAUCACGUGUACAGCAUCAUCAGGGGAAGCGCCAUAUCAGACAACGGCUUCAGUCAGAGCAUCACCAUGCCGUCCUCCAGUGCACAGGAGCAGCUCAUGAGGACAACCUACGCCCGCUUCGGAGUUCCCCUCUCACAGGUCCUGUACGUCGAGGCGCAUGGAACAAGCACACCCGUCGGAGAUCCAGCAGAGGCUGAAGCAAUUGGAAAAGCCUUCGGUCCACAUCGCGCCUCCCCCAUGAGGAUCGGGUCUGCCAAGAGCAAUUUUGGACACAUGGAGUGCGCUGCAGGCAUGGUGGGCGUCAUCAAGACAGCACUGAUGCUGGACAGGCGAACCCUUUGUCCCUCCGUCAACUUCACCUCACCGACUCCUAAAGUUGACUUUGAAGAGCUGGGCAUCUCUGUACAAACUAAAGUAGAGAAAUUUCCUGACAACGAAACCGUGACCCUUGGCGUGAACAGUUUUGGAUUUGGAGGAGCCCUGGCCCAUGUCAUCAUGGAAGAGCACAACGCUACACCGCCAGCAAGUCCGUCUUACCACAGGAGGGGAUGGCAGUUCGGACCAAGUGACCAAGAAGGUGAAUUCAUCAUUCUGCCGCUGAGUGGAAAGUCUUUAGACGCCCUCAGAGACCUUUCUUCCAAGUGGCUGACGUUUCAAGACGAGAGAGAUGCCCUCACCGUCUCUUCAUGGGUAGCGACGCGCAGAAACCACUAUCAAAAUAGACUUACUGUCGUGACCAAUUCUGGGGCGAGAGCAAGAGAAGGCCUGCAGUGUUACGUCAACAAGAUGGCUGCUGACGAUAUCAUCACCGGGACAGCACAGAGUGACCGCCCUAAAGUUUGCUUUGUAUUUCCUGGUCAAGGGCAGCAAUGGGAUGACAUGGGCAGGAAGUUGUACCAACUAGAACCUGUGUUCAGGGAAACAGUCGAUACGUGUGAUCAGAUCUUCACACAAGUCAGUGGAUGGUCCAUUUUACAGAAGUCCGGCUUGUUCACCACAAGCGACAGUCCCACCGAGUUCACACUUGCAGAAAUGAAAGUCUCCCAACCCGCAAUACUUUUCACCCAGGUAGGGUUGUUUGCUUUGCUGAAGCACUGGGGCAUUUCACCUGACGUCAUCGUCGGUCACAGUCUGGGAGAAGUUGCGGCAGCCUAUGCAUGCGGUGGUCUGACGUUGGACGAGGCUAUUCGAGCUAUCUACAUCAGGAGCACAGAACAAACCAAACUGCAGGGAUCUGGGAGCAUGGCAGCCAUGCGUGCAUCAAGGGCAGAGGCUGAGGGGCUUGUGUCUAAGUGUCCGGGUGUGAAACUGGCGUGCGACAAUUCUCCCACAUCUGUCACAGUAGCAGGAGCGACAGAAGCCAUUGCUGAACUUCAAGAUCAAAACCCAACAAAGGUGAAAAUGCUGCGUGUCUCCUGUGCCUUCCACACCGACCACAUGGACCCCAUCAGAGAAUCCUUCCUCCAGGCGAUGUCUUCCGUACAACCAGACAGACAUGGAGAAGUCCCCGCACCUUUGUACUCCACAGUGACAGGGAAGCACUACACUGGGAGGUUUGACGGCCAGUAUUGGUGGGAAAACAUCAGAGGAGAGGUCAAGUUCACCUCAGCCGUUCGGUCCAUAAUCCAAGAUCACAAUCCUGACGUUUUCAUCGAACUUGGUGCCUCCGCUACGCUCUUGUCGUCAGUCAACCAGACACUCAAGCAUGAAAACUGUCCAAUAAAAGUCACAGUGCCAUGUGGACAACGUCAGCAAAAUGACCACAAAUGCAUGCUGCGUGCCUUGGCCACACUGUACGUGAAUGGUGUGGACAUCAACUGGACAAACGUAACCCAGGACGCGGCUGAAUGGGCGCCGGUUCCAACAUAUGCCUGGCAGCACCACCAGCAUUGGCAAGAGGCCGAAUCUUCACGGAAAAGGAGGCUGGGUCUUGAGGAUCGCACCUUCAAGGGACAAAACGGGAACAUCACGCUGGAAACGUUCCCCUUCCUUGCAGACCACGUAGUGAAUGACAGUGUGGUGUUUCCAGGGGCGGGAUACAUCGAAUACAUGGUGCAGAUGGCUGUGGAUAGCACUGAGAACCCAGCACUAGACGACAUUCAGUUCAAACACGUCCUUGUCUGGCCAGAGGUUAACGACCUCAACAAAACCAACGCCACCAUCCAGCUGACGUACACAAAAGAGGGCAGAAAACUAGAGGUAGCCACAGACAGAGUACACGCAGGGUGUUUGUUCAUCCAACCUAACCAUGUCAGCUCAGAGAGUGUCCUGGACACGACGCCUACAGAGGCCAUGGAAAAGGUCGCGAAUUUUUACGAGCAAUUCGGUGACUUGGGACUGAAGUACGGCCCCGAGUUUCAGGUUGUAAACGAGGCCUUCGUAGGCGACUGGAAAGCCAUUGGUUUUCUGAAGCCAGCAUCAGAUGCACAGCAAAGAGUCCAAACGACAACGCUGGAUGGAUGUUUCCAGGUUGCCCUCGCUGCCAUAGGGCCCUGCUCAUCUCUGUACCUCCCGACUCAGAUCGCCAAGUUUAGGAUGUACGUACCCUCUCUACCACUCGGGGAACAAAUGGUAGCACAUGCCACGGUUGUCUCCCGUUCAAGCAUGUCAGUCAAGGUUAACAUAACACUUGCGACAGCCCAGGGGAAGAUCCUUGCACAAAUCGACGGGUUCGAAGCGACAAAUGUUUCCGGCAUCAACUCAGACGUCGACACAGACAGCUGCUUGUAUGAGACGAGAUGGCAGCCGGUCAUCUCUCCUCUGCCGGAAACAAGUAUCUUCUGCGACCUGUUCAAAGACGAACAUCUCCAGAAACAGUACAGCGACGACAUGAAGAUGAUAGAGGCAGCAGAGACCGUCCUGCCAAACCUCAAACGUCUGGCGUUAUCCUACGUUCAACUUGCAUUGGAUACCGUGCCAGACACUGAGGUCAAUCCAAGAAACAAGAGGUACGUAGAGAGGCUCAGAACCAUCAUCGACGCCGUGGAUGAGGCAAAACGUGACACGAUGUCACUGGAUGAGAUCCACAAGUCCCUAGAUGAGAUGAGAAAAGAAGUACCGGCGAUGAAGCUCGAGUUCAGCAUGUUGCAGCGCCUUGGAGACAUCCUGCCGACCAUUCUCCGGGACCCCUCAGCUGCCCUGCCGAUUCUCUUUGCCGCCGACUGCCUAGCUGAAUACUUCAUGGACUCGCUCACAACACGUCUGUACUACCGCGCCUGCGCUGAUGCCGGACAGGCCGUGAACACCGCACUCGAACGCAAACAAACUGUUCGUAUCCUUGAAGUCGGGGGUCGCAUGGGGGGACUGGCAAGCUACCUACUGAAACCUCUCAAAAGCCAAGGAGAUGCGGGGCACGUUGAGUACGUCUUCACCGAUCUGAACACAACCUUCUUUGCACAUGCCAGUCAAGUACUUGAAGAUUACACUUUCGUCAAAUACCAACAGCUGGAUAUCGAGAAAUCGGUGGGACCGCAGAACUUCAUCCCAGGAACGUUCGACAUCGUGGUCUGCAUGGACACCCUUCACUCGGCGGUGGACGUAAUGGAAGGCUUGCAGAACAUGAAAAGUCUGCUCUGUCCUGGUGGCUGGCUUGUCAUGUUUGAAGCAACAAACGCUUUCUACAUGUGCGAGGUUGUGUUUGGAUCGUUGGAACUCUGUUGGGUGUAUGAUGAUGACUACAGGACGGACACCUGUUGGCUCUCCAGGGAAGGCUGGAGCAACCUUUUCGCAGAUGGAGGAAUGCACGAUGUAGUGAGUGUGUCUUCACCCCAAGAGUUCUUCCAUUCUAUCACCAUCGGCAGAAAACCAACGCCCUUGCAAGAAGCUCCUUGUAGUUUGCAAACUGACAGUCAACAGUGGCUACUCGUGGGUGAUCCUGAUAGCCCCCUUACCAGCACAAUUCAGAACCUGCUACCACACAACACAAUGGUACGUUCCAUCGGUGACAGGAUGGACGUCCCCAGCCAAGGCCCUCUCGUAAGAGUUGUGUACGUCUAGGACCAGAAGACGACAAGUCCCUGGCAUACACCCGGUCCUAACCCAGCCCUGUACCAGGCGUCCGGAAGAGUUCAGGACAUGUGGGUUUUCACAGUAAGUGGAAGUGUUGGGGCGCGUUCGACUGCAUCUGCCGCCACGGGCUUCUUCCGAGUUGUGAACAACGAGAUCAGAGACCUCCCCAUCUACACAGUAGAUCUGCCUUCAGACAUUCUGAACGGACUGACAGACGUGGUUGGGACCUUGCUUACAUCCGACCCGCCGGUUGAGAGGGAGCUGUCAAUCCGUAACGGCGAAGUUCUGACUCCAAGGCUCAUGAAGACGUCCAUCUCAGACGGUAUCAGCAUGCCCUCCGGAAGCUGGACUCUGGAUAUCGCUCCAGGGAAGACGGGAACAUUGGAUGACAUGGCGUUCUACGAGCAAGCAUCCGCCUCUCUGUCAGACAACGGAGUCAGAGUCAAAGUUCACGCAGCGGGCUUGAAUUUUAAAGAUGUGAUGAUGGCUCUUGGCCUUCUCGAAGGUCUCAACUUGCAAACACAGUUCGGCCUGGAAUGUUCAGGAACAGUCGUGGAAGUCGGUAACGAUGUGAAGAAUAUCAAAGUUGGAGACGAGGUUAUUGCCUUUGGCGAUCACUGCUUCGCGUCACACGUGACUUGUGACGAGCACUUUGUCAUGGCAAAACCUUCACAUAUCAGCUGGACAGAUGCAGCCGGGUUCAGCAUGGUCUACAUCACCGCAUACUACGCCUUGAUCGAGAGAGCACGGCUUCAAGAAGGGCAGACAGUGCUGAUACACUCUGCCUGUGGCGGGGUUGGACAAGCAGCGAUACAAGUGGCAGGCAUGGUUGGGGCCAGGGUGUUCUGUACCGCUGGAUCUGAAGACAAGCGCAACUACCUGAGGCAGAUGGGAAUGACUCAUGUGUCUGACUCCAGGUCUACCCAGUUCUACCAUGAUGUCAUGGAAUGGACAGAUGGCGAAGGAGUAGAUGUCGUCCUCAGCUCCUUGUACGGUGACCUGCAAACUGCGACCAUGAAGUCUCUAAAGCCUGGAGGCACGUUCUGCGAAAUCGGGAAACGCUCCAUCCUGGAAGGCGUAGGCAUGGACAUGGGACCACUGCUGAACAACAAGACGUUCCUCUCUGUGCAGCUAGAUCUGCUGAUGAAGGAAAGACCGAAGUACGUUAGAAAGAUGAUGGAGACAAUCUGCUCUCUUCUGGAGAAGAGACUCAUCAGUCCUGUGCUGACAACAGUGAAAACUAUCGACGACUACAAGGAGACGUUUCGGUGGAUGUCAAAGGGCCAACACGUCGGCAAGGUUGUGUUUGAGACGCCUGCCAAGUUUGAACCGGAGAGCUUGGUGCCAUCUUCAGAAAUACUGGAGGCAGACGGUACAUUCGUCAUUACUGGCGGGUUCGGUGGAGUUGGACAAGCCCUGGCCCGUUGGCUGGUAGACCAUGGAGCCAAGCACAUUGCCCUCCUGUCCAGAAGUGGGUGCAAAACAGCUGAAAAUAUCCACACUGUAGAGUACAUGGAGUCCAAAGGCGGAAAGGUGUACACAUACGAGGUGGACGUGUCAAACAAGACGUCGCUGACAAACGUGUUGAACCAUCUUAGAGCCGACACCUCGAUUCCUGCGCUGAAAGGCCUCUUCCAUCUCGCUGCUGUCAUUGAUGAUGCCAAUGUCUUAGACGUGAAGGACAGUCAACUGGAAAAGUCCCUUGCAGCAAAGGCGUGGGGAGCCCUCCACCUGCACGAGCUGACACAGGACGAUGACCUGGGCAUCUUCUUCCUGCUGUCAUCUGUCACCGCCGCCUGGGGAAACCCAGAACAAUGUGGGUACGUGGCCGCCAACAGCAUCCUGGACGCCCUCGCUGAACACCGACACCGGCGAGGACUUCCGGCCCUGUCUCUACAGCUCGGAGCCGUCAGAGGUGUGGGCAUACUGGAAGGGAACACUAAAGCAGCCAAAAUCGUCACGGGGAAGGGCAUGCUGACUCUCCACAUUGACGAGUGCCUGCAGAUGCUCCCACGUCUGCUGAAGGCCAGAGACACCCCUGUUGUCACAUUGCCAACAUGGUAAGAUUGGACCAAGUGUAUGCAGUUCUCCUACCCGACGAGCAUGAAGUUCCGUCAUCUUGCAGUUGGAAAGAACAAGGAAAAAAGGGUUGACGCUGACUUGAACGAAGACGACCUCCGUGAGCAGGUUCUGGAGCAGCUCGGCCAGAUCCUCUGCAUGCCUUCCAGCCAGAUUGACCCCGACCAGCCCAUGAUCAACUACGGCGUGGAUUCCCUGAUGGCGGUGGACAUCGUCAACUGGAUGAACAAGAACUUCGACCUCAGCGUGUCCCAGCUGGACAUCUUGGGCGGGAUGACCACGACCACGUUAGUGGGGAAAGCUGUAGUUGGGGAGGUAGCGCUUCCCUUGCGUAAGUGAAGGAGUUAUAUCAGUUAUCUGUCAGGGGUAACAUGCAUGGAUAUGGUCUCUGCUGUACCCACAUAAUGUUACAGUCGAGAUAAAGUUAUAUGAAUAUUGGAAAACAUUUUCCUCACCACGAGUUGCUAAAAUAGAGGAUUGAUUUUACUUGAAUAGAUUGACUUAGAGUCUGUAUUUCUAGUAAAAGCUGAAUAUGAAGAGCGCUGUAUUAACCGGGUUCUUGGUUUUGUCAAUUUUCAGAAGAAGCGUAAAUAAGUACAAUCUAUAUUGUUGCAAUUGUAAUGUCGUCUUUUUGAUGAUAAUGAUAUGCAAGGUGUUUAUGGUAGGGCCGCGUGCUGAGUAUUUUAAAAUUUGUGCUUGUUAGUGUGGUUUGUGUUCAAAUGUUUUGAAAAGUGUACUUAGCGAUCAGUUGUAAACUGAGAAAAUGGCUUGCCUGUUAAAUUAAAGCAGAUGAUGUGAUGCUGAACCCGUACUGAUAUUUUUGCACCAAAAGUAGAUGAAUAUACAUGUAUUGGACUGACGUUAGAAGUUUUAACUUUGCUCGUGUUAGUGUUGUUUUGUGUAUUUGACGAUCGGUUGUAAACUGAGAAAAUGGCUUGUCUGUUUUUAAAAUCAAA